GGAAUCCCCUAGUUUCGAUCGCUGAGUGGCCAUGUCGGAAGCCGCCAUUUUCCCCACGGUAAAACUGCUGUGUUUGUUUUGAUUUGGAAAUAUUGCAUACACGCAACUUGGCGGCUGUCACGCGUGGUGCUGGUUUGACACUGGAUGCAGCACCGUUAACAGCACUAAUUGCACACAGCAUCGACAUCAACACCGCUUGCAAACAGUAUGGUGAGCAUAUAGACUUGAUAGCAUUGCUCCAGUUGUGUCUGACUUAAAAGCCUAUAUAGGUCACGUGAAUUAAUGCAGUUGGGGAGAACAAUGUCUGUGUUUUCAUAAAGAUUGGUUUAAUGUCGUGUGAAAUUCACAUAUGUAUUGUUUGAUAACAUUGUUAGAUGGUCGUGCAUGUCGGUCAACGUCAUGUAGAGAUGUACCUGCUGUCGGCGGUUAACCUCGCCUGGUAAACAGGCUAUAAUGGCGGAGGGAGGACACGGCAGUUUAGAGCCUGACGAUGAAACAGAUUUCGAGAAGAUUGAACAAUCAUCAGAAACCGUUGGCAAUCUACAAAAUUUAACCAUUACAAGUAAUAAAACAUGCAUUGGAAGAUUGUUCAACAUUUCCCGUGCCAAAUCUGUGACUAUUAACCAAAGCGCCAAUGAGAGUCGCGGGACAGAGCGGACGUUUGACGACGUGAUUCAUGGCAGUGAUAUUUCCCUUUGUCAGGGCAACACGCGUGCAGAGCGCACAGGUCAAGGCUAUCAGCAUGGGUUAUGUUUCGUCAGUGAAAGCAUCUCAGAUGACAAAGCCGUGCAUUUUAGGAUAUUGGAAACAUUUGAGGGAAAACACGGAAAAUUCAGACUUGGGUUCCUGAAAAGAGACCCAACUCGCCUCAAAGGUACCCCCGUUUUACAGAAGCCAGUGCUCAGUGUUAAAUCCUGCGAUGAUUUCAUCAUUUGUGACCCUUUCAUGGACACGUGUGCAUACCCAAAUGCUGUGAUCUUCUUCUCCUUCUCAAAUGGAAAGAUCACAUUCUGUUCAAGUAAGGAUGAUAAGCAGGAGUUUCCUUAUAAGGGAUGGACAGACACCGAAGCCACGCCCAUGUGGGCUUUCAUUGAACUUCUUGGUCAGGUAACUUCGGCAGAAGUAAUUAACAACACAUUCCAUGACGUCCACGGCUCCAACGUCACUACAACGGAAACCAAAGCCACUCGCACAUCCACCUCCUCCAAUCUCGGCAGCAAGGGAGGGUAUGUGUGUUUCACGCGGACACCAGUAGCUCCUGGGGUGGAGGUUGAGUUCAAGCUGACCGGUAUUCAACUGUCAGCCUCGGGGCACCUGCGGGUUGGCCUGUGUACAGAAGAUCCUGCAAUAAUUCAUGUAGAUACAAUACCUGCCAGCGUCACACGAGACAACCGAUUCCGGACGAUGGAUCUUGGGAAUGAGGAUGGCGUUUGUGGGAACGUCAUCAGCCUUGUGCCGAUCGAGCAACAUCUGUGCGUGUUCGUGAAUAACACCAAACAGGUUGGAUUCAUUAACCUUGGUGAAAAGUCCUACUGCCCUGUUGUGGAACUGUUUGGGAAUACAAAGUCUGUAGAGGUGUUUCCACAGCCCCCCUCGGACGAGCCCCAGGUUACAAGGUUCACAGGACACGCUGACAUAAUGACAUGUCCAGCAGUAGACGAGCAGGUGUUAGCUGUGGUGUCUCUGUGGUUAGAGAGCCAAGUCGUAGUGAACCACAUCAAAUCGGUUGCCAUGGCUAUAGCGUCUGUGUUGGAUACGUACAACCCUUGGGUGUUCUGGAACAGGUGUGUGGAGACUACAGCAUCCCUCGCUUCCUACCUUGGUCUGUCGGAUUAUGUCUACGUGGUUGAAGUCGGAGAUGCACCCAGGGUAGUUAGAACCGACGCACUGAGAGUGACUGACAUGGUUGUUAAGUUUGCAGAGACGGUUGAUGAAGUCAGGGAUGCAGUUGGCCGACUCACUGGGCAGGAUGACAAGAUGGAGCUUCUACGAAGCAUUGUGGGAGGUCUACCACAUUAUGACAUUCACCUUCCAAAAAGAACAGCGAGUAUCCCGCCACCCCCGUCACCAUUCUUGUUGAAUCUGUCCUGUUUGCCGACUGAUUUCGAUGUAUGUGAGAACUGGAAGAGGCCGGUGAUUGUCAAGGUCCUCCUGGACUCGGCUAACAAGAUCGAAGCUUCACUGAAACCCCUGGAGACCAGCAUCAGGAAGCUCUACACUCUCGGGAUAUGAAGGCGACGCCCUCCACACAGGAGGACAAUCAGACUGACACCCCUCGCUGCACCCUGCUGUGACGCCACAAUGCCCUUUCUCCCUGCAGACUCCACGAGCGUCUCGACACUUGAUACCUAACAUUCCUCCAGCUGACACUUAACGCGGACCCUCAUCCGUGCACAUUCCCAUCAGAUAUGUUAUGUGCCAGUGUACAUUGUAGCGUUAUUUAGGAUGACAGUAAAUGACAACUUGAUUGAAGCGCUCGAUUAAUAUUUACAGGUAACAAAUAUAAGUAUUGCGGGUGAAUCUUCGACAGAUCAGUCUAUAAGAAGUGUUAGUUUUAUUAACCUACACGCGUGAGUCUAUAAGAAAUGUUGGUUUUAUUAACCUUCACGCUAGAGUUUAUAAGAAAUGUUGGUUCUAUUAACCUACACGCGAGAGUUUAUAAGAAAUGUUGGUUUUAUUAACUUAAACACUUGAAUCAUGGUAUUAUUAAGCAACACGCGUGAGUGUAUAAGAAAUGUUGGUUUCAUUAACCUACACGCGAGAGUCAACAAAUAUGUUGUUUUUAUUAACCUAUAUACGGGUGAGUCUACAAGAAAUGCAGAUGAAGAGAGGCUUCACUUCCACCAUUUAUAUCCAUAUGGGAAGGUGUGAAAUGUGCAUCCGGGCACUCGAGUACGAUGCAGGUAGAGACAUUACUCGAGUAGUAAACUAGUAGUCGAUUACCCAGAGGAGUUAUCUCCCAGACGUACGUGAGUUACCUCCCUUGUAAGAGACGUGUAACUCCUCUGGAUACUCGACGUGUAAUCAUAUUUACAGUCACUUUGGACAAAUAAACACUUGUUUAUUAA